UUUUGUAUUAGACUGGCAUAAUUUUGGUUACACACUACUUUCACUGACUCUUGGGAGGGGCAGCAGUUUUGUGACAAUAUAUCGUUGUCAAAACAUAUCUAGGAUUGAGAAGCAUUACGGGAGGAUGGCAAGUGGUGCCUUUUGUGUGACAAAGGCAAUGCAACAUGAAUUGGAUCAGAACUAGGGGAUUAAGUAAGAAGCAACUGUGCUUUAUGAUCAACCUCCUGAAUUUUUCCGACCUGCUUCCAUUGAGGAGAAGCAUGAGGAUCAGCGAAAGUCUCAGUCAACCCUUUGGACUUCAAGACUGCAUAAGCUAUGGAAUGACUGGAACAGGUGAAAGUGAUCCCAAUUCUACCUUAUUUACAAUUCAUACUGGCACAAAUAUAAUUAUGAAGCAGAACAGACCUGCCAUCAUUGUAAGCAGCACAAGUUGGACUCCAGAUGGAGACUUUAGCAUUCUUUUGGAGGCAGCACUUAUGUAUGAUAGACGAGUUGCAGGACUAUUAAAUGAGGAUGAUGUGAGUGAUGGGGAAAUUUUAUGGAAUGAAAUCUUGUGCCAAGGUGGAGGAGUUCAAGAAAAUCAUUGAGAAAGAGACUUCAUCAGUGCUGGCAUCAUGUGGUUGGUCAGAAGAAGUUUACACUUUUAUGCGUUCUCGGAAAAAGCUGUGUGUGGGACGAGCAGAAUAUGAUGCAUCAAAUGUCAACCAAUUGAAGAGGCUGUUGAUAAAAGAUGCCAAAUCAGCUUUCAUUUCAAAAAUUCCCGAGUCGUUGAAGGGGAGGCUUAUUGAACAUCUAGUAUUAUUCAGCAAAGAGAAACAACCUUCUAUUGCGUGAGCAGUCUUGCAAGCCUCUAGCAAUUGUAGAUGUUGAGGUUGGCUCCUCAUACUGUGAUGCUGAAAAUGAUGGAGUUAAUUUACUAUGGCAUCCUGAAGUCUGAAUUUAAGUACGAGUAUAUUCUAUUUCAUCAGUGGCAGAAGAUACUCUUAUCACAUCUCUAAUGUUUUUGGAACUCGGUAACUGGUCAAUUGAACCAAUUGUAGAUGAUCGUCCUGUAAAAGAUAAGGCAUACAAAAGUCGAGCCUGGAUGUCACCUUAAAUUUUCUUCUUGCAGGCGGUGCAAUAGGUGUUUGAUAGAGAAUGACACAAAUGUUGCUCAUAUUGUAUGAUAUCCUUUUUGAUCGUAUGUGUAGCAUAGAAUCCCAUUUUAUGGAUGUAUCACAAUUUUCCCAUCAAAAUGUGGCCGGAGUGUACGAUUGGAUCAGCAA